AUGUCUUCUGCCGAGGCUGAACGCGAUCCGAACCCCGCCGAACUGGCCGACCGCGAGCGCGAGGAGAAGGAGCGCAAGGCGAAGGAAGACGCCGAGCAAGCGAAGCUGCCAUACAAGUGGACGCAGACAAUCAAAGACGUGGACGUGACGAUUUCCGUACCGGGAAAUCUUAGGGGAAGGGAUCUGGAUGUGGUUUUGACCAAGACUAAGAUCAAGGUGGCGGUUAAGGGACAGGAACCUAUUAUCGAGGGAGACUUUCCUCACCCAGUUAUACUUGAUGAGUGCUCAUGGACGCUGGAGACGACAUCGCAACCGCCUGGAAAGGAGGUGGCGGUUCAUCUGGACAAGGUGAAUAAGGUCGAGUGGUGGCCGCAUGUGGUGACUUCUGCGCCCAAGAUCGACGUCAGUAAGAUCACACCCGAGUCAUCGAAGUUGAGUGAUUUGGACGGUGAGACCAGGGCCAUGGUUGAGAAGAUGAUGUACGAUCAGCGACAGAAGGAAAUCGGCGGCAUUAGCAGCGAUGAGCAGCGCAAGAUGGAUCUUCUGAAGAAGUUCCAAGCGGAACAUCCGGAGAUGGACUUCUCCAAUGCGCAGAUCGGCUAG